ACCUCCAUUGAUUGCGAGGCUGCCAUCAACCGUAUGGUGAACUUGGAGCUGUACGCCUCCUACACCUACAGCUCUAUAUCUUUCUUUUUUGAUCGUGACGAUGUCGCACUUCACCAUGUGGCAGAGUUCUUCAAGAAACAUAGCCACGAGGAGAGGGAGCAUGCCGAGAAGUUCAUGAAAUAUCAAAACAAGCGUGGGGGUCGCAUUGUCCUGCAAGACAUCAAGAAACCAGAGCGUGAUGAGUGGGGUAACACCCUGGAUGCCAUGCAGGCUGCUUUGCAGCUGGAGAAGACUGUGAACCAUGCUCUUCUGGACCUGCACAAGCUAGCCACUGACAAAGUUGACCCUCAUCUGUGUGACUUCUUGGAAUCUGAAUAUCUGGAGGAACAAGUGAAGGAUAUUAAGCGUUUUGGAGAUUACAUCACCAACCUGAAGCGCCUUGGGGUGCCCCAGAAUGGCAUGGGCGAGUACCUGUUUGACAAGCAUAGCCUGGAAGAGAGCAGCUAAGCUGUGUGCCACCCAUGAGGAUCCAACCACUCUACUUUCCAUCUAUAUUCCUUUUACUAUCUGUGUGACAUGUAUUCCUGAGGGUCUUACAUUUUCUGUGAUCCUAUAAUAAUAUAGCUGUAGCUGUGCUUGUCAGCAAGUUUCUAAUAAAGUCUUUCAGCAUGUA